AGAAGCCCCCCAAAAAGACAGCUGCCAGUAGUUUAACAUCGGGGCUGAAGAAAGAGAAAUACUUCAAUUUUUAUUGCCUAAGUUUAAAUGAGUGGUUAUGAAUUUGUUCUGUGCAGCUACUGGCAGCAGCGGAAUCAAAGAGUAAUUGCUGUCAGGAUUUCAGAUGGAUAGAUUUGUAACCAGAACACGGAAACGCAAGGUGGAUCCCGCUGGGGUGAAAGGGAAGGAUGCAGGAUCCGGCUCAGGACAGGGUGAGAGAAACACUGAAGACGAAGGGGGGCUGGAGAAAAGGCUUCAGUCCUGCAGUGGCUUAGUGGAGGAUGACACAGAGUUUACAAAAACCCCUUCCUUGGAAGAAGAUUGAGGCAGAGGGACUGGACUGCGACUACACUCUGCUCUUCAACAGGCUCCAAGCAGACAGUCACUUUCAACAGCUGGAGAAGGAAGUGGAGUACUUGUCAGGGGACUUGGCGAAAGUGCAGGUGUUUGGAAAAUUUCACAAUAUUCCGAGGAAGCAAGCCACCUACGGAGACCCUGGUCUGAAUUAUUCCUUCUCCGGGGUGAAGCUGAUGGCCAGGCCUUGGACGCCUGUCCUGGAGAUCAUCAGAGACCAGAUCACCGAGGCCACUGGACACACGUUCAACUUCGUGCUGGUGAACAGGUACAAAGACGGGAAUGACCACAUAGGAGAGCACCAGGAUGACGAGCGGGAGCUGGACCCAGCCUGCCCCAUCGCCGCUGUCUCCUUCGGGGCGGUCCGGGAUCUAGUGUUCCGCCACCAGGAGGCACGCGGCAAAAACGCAGCCAGGAAGAUCGAGCCGGUCAAGCUGGCUCUGCAGCACGGCAGCCUGCUCCUCAUGAACUGGCCCACCAACGUCAACUGGUACCACAGCUUGCCCGUCCGCAAGAAGGUGUUGACCCCAAGGAUCAGCCUGACCUUCCGCAGGGUCAUCAAGCAGCACAAGAGCCAAAAAUAACAGGACUGUAUCACUGGGGCAUUAUUUGCAAUAGUAUGUCGCUGAGUGAUUACGUGCACAGUGUUGUAGGCGCACUGAUGGGAACCUGGGAACGCAGAGAACUGUUACACUCUUUUAUGCUUGUUUAUAUUCGUUAUUAUAAAGUCACGAUGCCACUUUGAAAGUGAUGGCGUGGGUCAGUGUGUUUCACGUCCCUGUGAGAUGCUGUAUUCUACAGGGUGCUAUUCUCACCACUCAUAUUUACACCAUUCAUAUUAUGAGCCACAGGAACGAAACCACACAGGUAAUCUUAUUUAAUCAGUUUUAUUAUGAAUAAUAUUAUUUCCUUUCUUAUAUUUUAAAACUAUGAAAAUACACAUAUGGCAUUAUUUCAGUUCCCACAACAAAUAUAUAUAAUUUGUGACAUACACCUGUUAGUGAAAUUAAUUUAUUUUAUUUUUACAUUUAUGUACAACAUCGUACAUUAUUCGCAGGUAAUACAUCAAAGACGGGCAGCAUAUAUUAACAGGUGUACAAACAUUCACUGGGAAGACACCCACACAUUCUCACAUUAAUCUUGACUAACAACACAGCAACGCAGGGGGAGAUUUUUGCGUUGUAGCUGCUGCUACUGGGCUGACUGAAUCAAUAGUCAGAAUCUUCUAAAAAGUCUUUGUGUGACACUGUCUAAAUGUAAUCCCCCUAUACUACAAUUCCCAUGGACUGCAAUGGGGUUGUUUUAAGCCAAUGGAAUCCAAGGGUCUAGUAUAGUAUAAGCUAACGCUUGUGUGUAAAGUCAGCAAUAACAGAACCCCGGCUGUAAAUCAAGGAAUACAUUAAAGACACCCGUCCCAUUGCAUAGCAGUCCCACCCAUUUCAAUUACAGUGUCAUCCAUUAAGCACACCUCAAUUAUACCACAUGUAGACCAGCUAUACAUUUCCCAACCUGGCAAACCAGCCUCGAUAUAUUCAAUCUUAGCUCCGAGCGAGCACAGAAACGCUAAAAACUUUUCUUCCAGUAACUAUUCAAAUAAACAUUUCAAUAUCUGUCUUGGAAGUCAAGUUAAACCUCAUUUCUGGCUAAAUGAAAUAAUGAGGACUGAAUCAAUCAGGCAGGUUUACUUCAAUGAUGCUCAUUUCUUUAUAUUCUAUUAAAAAAAUAAUAAUAAUACAAAUAGUCCUCAGCAUGUAUUGAAUCAUUGCUCAGUAUAUUACAAUAACUUGAUUGCUUGUUUUUACAUAACAGUACCACAGAAUCACACCCUUUUCUACUCCCCCCGCCCCCCUUAGCAGUGGCUGUGGUGGGUACAGAUCUUGCUGCAUCUUGUUUGCACAUCCAUUUACAAGGAUAGGGUCUCUUUCCAUGAGCCAUGA